AACUGUAGACCAGAGAAACGGCCACCUAUUCUUCGACACCGUUUGAUUUGCUGACUCACCCGAUCUACUCCGCCGAGUCAUAGACCAACCAGAGUCACCAAACUCACCUCAGUUCCUUCUCUUCUUCUGUAGAGAGAGAAACAGAUACUGUCCAUUGAUUCUCUCACAACAUGACUUGGUUCAGAAACCUCAUCAAGCUCUCCACCUUGAAAAACUCACGGCAGUUAGACCCUAAAUUCACCGCCACUUCUCCGCUAACCCUAAUCGCGUCGUUAUCGCAAUUCAGUACGGGGACAGAUGCCUCUCCCUGCGCCGGAUUGGGCCCGACGAAGGCCGACGAGAAGCCCAGGGUGGUGGUGUUGGGCUCGGGGUGGGCCGGUUGUCGGCUCAUGAAAGGGAUCGACACCAAGCUCUACGACGUCGUGUGCGUGUCGCCGAGGAACCACAUGGUCUUCACUCCUCUCUUGGCUUCCACCUGUGUGGGCACUCUCGAGUUCCGGUCCGUCGCCGAACCGAUCGGCCGGAUCCAGCCGGCGAUUUCUCGCGAACCCGGUUCUUACUUCUUCCUUGCUAAUUGCACUGGUCUCGAUCCCCAUAACCAUGUGGUGCAAUGUCAGACUGUUACUAAUGGAGCAGAUACAUUGGAUCCAUGGAAAUUUAAUAUCUCAUAUGACAAGUUAAUUAUUGCAUCUGGAGCAGAGGCCUCUACUUUUGGAAUUAAGGGCGUGAAAGAGCACGCAAUUUUUCUUCGUGAAGUUCAUCAUGCUCAGGAAAUCAGGAGGAAGCUGCUCUUAAACUUGAUGCUGUCUGAUGUCCCUGGAAUCACAGAAGAAGAGAAGAGCAGACUCUUACAUUGCGUUGUUGUUGGAGGUGGUCCCACGGGGGUUGAGUUUAGUGGUGAACUUAGUGACUUUAUCAUCAGGGAUGUUCAUCAAAGAUAUGCUCAUGUGAAAGAUUAUAUCAACGUUACUUUGAUUGAGGCAAACGAGAUAUUGUCUUCCUUUGAUGAUCGCCUUCGCCGAUAUGCAACUAAGCAGUUAACUAAGUCAGGAGUCCGUCUUGUCCGUGGGAUUGUCAAGGAUGUUCAACCUCAGAAAAUUAUUCUUACUGAUGGCACUGAUGUUCCAUAUGGGCUUUUAGUAUGGUCUACUGGUGUUGGUCCUUCACCAUUUGUGAGCUCCCUGGAACUUCCAAAGGCUCCAGGUGGAAGGCUUGGUGUUGAUGAAUGGCUACGCUUACCUUCUGUGCAGGACGUGUUCUCAAUUGGUGACUGCAGUGGGUUUCUUGAAAGCACUGGAAAACCAACCCUUCCAGCUUUGGCCCAGGUUGCUGAGAGACAAGGGAAAUAUGUAGCAAAUCUACUGAACAGGAUUGGCAAAUCUGGUGGAGGGCGUGCAAAUAGUGCAAAAGAAAUGGAAUUAGGAGAGCCAUUUGUCUACAAGCAUUUGGGGAGCAUGGCAACUGUUGGCAGAUACAAGGCUCUUGUGGACCUUAGGCAGAGCAAGGAGGCGAAAGGGUUAGCACUGGCAGGAUUUGUUAGUUGGUUUAUUUGGCGGUCAGCUUAUCUCACACGUGUCAUAAGCUGGAGGAACAGAUUCUAUGUGGCAAUCAAUUGGGCUACUACCUUUGUGUUUGGCCGUGAUAUAAGCAGAAUAUAGAUUCAUGUAAAAGGUGCCAUCUCUCGUUCACCCAAAACCUGCCUUGCAGUCCAUAAAUCUUUUUACUACAAAAUGUUACUGUUCUGGAGCAUCAUCAUCAUCUUAUUUCCUCAUAUUUACUUGACCUUUCCAAUCCCCUCAUUCCUGUGUUUGUGUUUGUUUGCGGAUAUGGGUAAUUUGGUCAUUUACUGGUCGAGGUAUGUUAUGUUAUGGAAUUCUAUAUUUUUCUUCAGUCAAGAUGGGAGUUUCUGCUGAAAUGUGAAAAGAAGGAUUAAAAAGAAAAGAAAAGAAAAAAUUGACAAUAGUGUAUGUUCUGCUUAGAAUGAAAGCAGCGAAGUACUCUUUUGAGGUACAGAUAUAUGAUAUUCUUUUUUAUUUCUA